CAAUCGUAUCACAUUGAUUUUUAUCAUUUGGAAAUCACAGUUAAGCUACGAUGUCAGGGUCACCAACCAUGGCAGGCAAGCCGCCGAAAGCCAUGUCCUCCCGCCUCUUGACGAUGAAGUUUAUGCAACGCGCCGCUGCUUCGUCCCCCCUCUCCUCGCCAUCGACACCCGACCAGCCCUCUGCCAAACGACAAAAAACCAGGCCUGAUGAUUCUCCCUUGGCUGGUUUCGAUGUAAAUGCCCUAGCCAACCAGAAGGCUAUUGAGACUGCCCUUGCGAGCGAGGAGGCAAAACGUCAAAUUGCGCUCGAUAAACAGGCAUCCGAAGCUGGCGAUACACGAUGGGUGUUAAAUUUCGAACAAAAUGGCUCGGAGACAGGGCAAGUACGGGGAAAUAUGAAGAUACAGCAGGCCAGUUUUUCGGCAAUUGACAGAGACUCCGCGGCAACACCGAGGGUAAUCUACCAGGCGGAGGAGACCUCGGAUAAUGCUAUAUUUGCAGGACGAAGGAGUUUUGGGAAGUUCAACCGGAAGCUAGAGAAACUACAAGAUCCAGAAGGAGACGACUCGUCGGAUUCAGACUCGGAUAAUGAUAGCGGGGAGCAGGAAGAUGCCGGGAAUAUCAAUAGUGACAACGACGACCCCACGAGCCAACUGAUGAAGACUGCUCGAGACGAAGCCGCGAAAAAGCUGAAGGCUGAGCGGAAAUCCAAACGAAAGGCAGAAAAGGCCGAACUGCUCCGCCUGGCCGAGAAGCGAAAGAAGAAGAACGUGAAACUGAACAACUUGACAUCUAUAUCGGGGGGCAGCAGUGGCGCAUCAAAGGGGACCUGCUACAAGUUUGGGGAGACUGGACAUUUCCUGGCAGACAGCUCAAAGGGGAAGAAGAGGGGGCGGACAGACGACGACGGAGAUCGCCCGAGGUCCUCAAACAAAUCAAGGAUGUCUGGUUGAUCAGAUACCCAAAGUAACUGCCGCCAUUUUCAGCAAUGGCCCGAGAUAUCUUCCCGCUUAAACAAGGUUCGGCGGACCGGCUGCUGCCAGCAACAUAUAUCCAUGCUAUAUUAUCACAAUGGCUGGCGAUAUUGAGAGCCCACUCUGUUGACCCAAUUGACGAAGGACAUUCAUUGAUUACCGAAAAGAUUUCGAUUGUCUGCCAGUCGCGGUAAAAUCACAUGCGGCAAUGUGGAGUCGUUGGCCGCUAUAGCCUCGAUAUACAGACACUAUUGACACGGCCUGCAAGCCUCUUGUUGCAAGGUGGCAGGAGGGAGAUGAGACAGCGGAAGGGUGGCUAAGGUUGGCCGCAUGGGGUUUCGGUUUGGAAACGAAACAAUUUCUACGCACACAUGUAGAUUGACGUUUAGGGCUGAGGGAUGGGAAGGCGAUACGUGAUAAACCCCUGACUAUAAAUACUAGGGUUGUCAUGCGGGUUGUUCCUGGAGGGUAAAUUAGCACCACUUUAUCCGCAUAAUGAUGGGCCUUUCUAGAAGGCCGUUUGCCUGACAUCCGACCCAGCCGAUGCAGUCAGGGCUGUCGUGGGUUAGGUAUAUCGCGCCGUCCCGGUUAAUGGUAGCCUCCUUGGACGACAUGCAUCAUUUUGCUAUGUGGAAUGCAUAUACUGCCUGGAAUUCUGGUUAUUGCGAGGCUGAAUGAAUUGUGACUAUGCAUACUAACGCACAUGAAAGUUGUAUGGGAGAUGGAAGAAUUUGUUUCCAUCCUGUAACAGGAGCCACUAAGCUACUCAAUUGCCCGAAACUUAAUUGAGAGACCGUC